AUGAGAACCAAUGCUGUGCGCCAUGGGCGGCCAAGGGAGAAUGUACUCAAAACCAAGCUUACAUGGGCGAAUGGUGCAAAGCCAGUUGCGGCAUUUGCAAAGCACAGUACAGACUUGUUGAUGAUUGCUCUGAUCGUCACAGGAACUGCAAAUCAUGGGGCCAUGGGCCGAAUGUCCAGAAAAAUGUUGCUUGUGGAUGCACGGAGAAUGGCAGAAUGUCAAUGUGCGAAAGUGUGGACAUCUAUGGAACUCAAGCGACUUGGUGUGGUGCAUGCAGCCCAAAGCCAAGUGAGACCGAAGGGUAAUUUAGUUGCCACAACCACGAUCGUUCCACAACAACCGACAUGCGAAGCUUCGGAAGGCUGCUACAACGAGAACGUCUGCUGUGCGUACUGGAGUCUGCUCGGAGAAUGUCGAAAAAAACGCCAUUCUGGAUGGCUUGCAACUGCCAAGUCUCGUGUGGUCAUUGUAUUCCUCUGGAUUACGGUUAUGGAUGUGACUUGCCUCGAUUAUCACCGUGAUUGCUCUGGUUGGGCUCGACGGGGCGAAUGUGAAAAGAACCCAUGGAUGUCAGAGAAUUGUCGUGCAUCGUGCAGAACAUGUUACUCCCAAUGGGAUCUCAGAACCAUGUGUCGCGGUGCUGUUGGUUCUGUGGCCCCAGUUGCAACGAAUCGUCCACGUCAACCAGUGGUCACCCGGCCUCCACCUGCUUGGCAACACCGAGGCAGCUUCGGUCGUGGCGGAAUGGACUACGAGGAUUGGGGCGGUCUGAUGGGCUGGGGAAAUGGAGCUGGAGGCGGAAUCGCAAACGGAUGGGGUGGCCCACCACCUAUGUGGCAACAGCCGUUUUCAUGGUUCCGACGGGCUCGAGCUAAGAGGGACUGA